UCAUGCAUACCACAGUGCGCCUGCGCGCGCGCUCGCUCAUGUAUUACACUAAUCUUUUGAUCUUCUGAAAUCUGUUUUAAGAUGCGACGAGGAAGAGGAGAGAAACGCUUUGUCAAUGAUCGACCGAGGAGAAAAUGAAGUGUUGUGCCAUGAAACUGUGCAGACUGCUUUGUUUUGUGUUGACUUUACCCUUACAGCUGAUGGAGGUCGUGGGGCUGUACGGUAUGUACAAACGUUUGUUUCCCUUGCUUGCCUACAAUAUCACAUUUUCAUACAACGAUAAAAUGCACAAAGCCAAGAGGGAGCUUUUCAGGAACGUGGUCAAAUUUGCGAGCACCGACGGCUCCCUCCGCCUGCUGGAGAUCGGUUGUGGCAGCGGAGCAAACUUUAAGUUUUACCCGUACGGCUGCACGGUGAUCUGCACUGACCCCAACCCGCACUUCCACAAGUACCUGCGGAGGAGCAUGGCCGCAAACACGCAUUUGACUUAUGGCGACUUUAUAGUCGUCUCUGGAGAGGACAUGAAGGACGUGCAGGACGAGUCUGUGGACGUUGUUGUCUGCACCCUGGUUCUCUGUUCCGUCCGCAACGUGCAGCGGGUGCUGCAGGAGGUCCGCCGCGUCCUCAGACCAGGCGGAGCCUUCUACUUUUUGGAACAUGUUGUCUCAGAUCCCUCCACCUGGACAUACUUCCUUCAGCAUGCGCUCGAGCCACUGUGGUAUUAUCUUGGGGAUGGAUGCACAAUUACCAGAGCAACGUGGCAAGAUCUGGAGGCAGCUGGUUUCUCUGAACUUCACAUAAAACACAUCGAGGCUCCAGAGGUUACUCUCAUGAUAAGACCACAUAUCAUGGGGUAUUCCAUUAAAUGACUCCAGGAGAGAAUGGGCAGGUAUACAGUUCUCUCACUCCCAGCCCAGAUAUUAGACCUGCUUACGUUUUCAUUUACACUUAACAAAGAUACACUAAUCACACUCCAUUUAUUGAAUGAAAAUAUAUUUAUUUACUUACAGAAUCAGCAACAUUUCAAUGUUUGUUCUUCUUCCCCACCCCUCCCAAGAUGUACAUAAUAAAUAUUACCUGGACACUGUGCUUUUUUUUUCCCUGAUUGUCUAAGUAACUGCUGAGAAACAACUAAACAAACCACACUCAAUGUCAUGGUUUCUGUUACCCUUUAUAUUG